AUGAGGAGCAACAGCAGCGAAAAGGGGGGGCCAAAACUGCACGCGUUCACGUACGUGACCGCAUUCGUUCUUCUUUUCUGGCUCCCUUUCGUCAAAGUCCAUUACGAUUUAUAUCACGAUGUUAAUGAGAAAAGAAUCAACUUCACGCACGCGUUGUUGACGCUUUUCAACGCCGUGAACGUUCUCAUAUGCAUAUGGGAGAUGAGUUUAUUCGUGCACCAAAACGAGGUGCAAAAAACGUACCGAAAGUUGAAGAAGGAAGUGGAAAAACGACGAGGAGGAGGAGGAGAUUUACCGACGCCUUUGUGUUUGUUCGAGAAAAUCACGCUUCGGGAAGCUUUGAGUUUAAAACAUUGGCACGUGAUUUGGUCCACGUACGCUCUGUUGGACCCGAGUUACGUCCAGACGCAAAGUUGGGGGUUUUGGGUGGAUACUGGGAACGGAUUUGUGACGAUUGCGCCGACGAUUGCAAUGACGAUUGGAGCGACGUACGAUUUGAGCAGGUUUGGCGUAUCGCCGUUGGCGUACGGGUUGAUUGGGUUGAUAUUUAACUAUCAGAUGAUGUAUGGAACGGUUAUUUACUUUUCGAAUUACACGUAUCAGCGCUAUUACGAACGGGCGAGUUUCGGGAGCAAAAUGGUGGUGCUAUUCGCGAACGUGAUUUGGAUCGUGUUUCCCAUGUGGUGGAUGAAAGUGUGUUUUGAGAUUGUGAAGGAUGGUGGGAGUUUUCGAGGGACCAGUUUGCGAUGA